CGUUCUAUACAACGCUAUAACGUUUCAUUUAUUGUUUUAUUUGAGCGAAAGAAUGCACCUCCAAAUAUAGCAGUUGCUCUUUCCAGCUUUCGGUGCGUAGAGGCGAGCCAUGGCUUCCAAUCCCCCAGCUGGAUUGCCUGCAGCUUCUUUAGCCCCUGGUCUAGCGCGUAAAGUAAAGAAGGUCUUGGACAUCAAAACAGAGGCCCCGGAGCUAUUAGGCUCUCUGCAGACGCUGUCGACCUUCUACAAUGACAACACACCAGCAGCUCGCCGGGGCCUGCGCACGACCAUCGAGAAGCGGGGCCUGGCCAUCAACGACCGCUUCAUCGGGGCAGCGGAGUCGGUAAUCAAGGCCCUGGACGAUGUCCAGCGCAGCCUGGACCGCCUGUCCUGCUCCUGCUCCGCCAUCUCCUCCGUGGUGUCCGCCACCAAGUCCUCCUCCGCCUGCCUGCUGGCCGACACGGAGCGCCUCAGCCGGGAGCUGGAGGGCGUGGAGCGCAAGCAGGGGCUGGUGGCGCAGUUCCUGGACACCUACCAGCUCACGCCGGAGGAGGUUGCCGCGCUGCAGGGCGAGGAGGUGAGCCCCGCCUUCUUCGCCGCGCUGUCCCGCGUGCGCACCAUCCACGACAACUGCCGGCAGCUGCUGCGCACGCACCACCAGCGCGCGGGGCUGGAGCUGAUGGACCUCAUGGCGGCGCACCAGGAGAGCGCGUACGAGCGGCUCUGCAGGUGGGUGCAGGUGCAGUGUCGCAGCAUAGGCGAGUACGACGCGCCCGAGGUGGAGCCGGCGCUGCAGGCGGCGGUGGCGGCGCUGAGGCAGCGGCCCGUGCUGUUCAAGUACUGCGCGGAGGAGGUUGCCACCGCGCGGCACAACUCGCUGUUCCAGCGCUUCAUCACGGCGCUCACACGCGGCGGCCCGGGCGGCGUGCCGCGACCCAUUGAGAUCCACGCGCACGACCCGCAGCGCUACGUGAACGACAUGCUGGCCUGGGUGCACCAGGCCCUCGCCUCGGAGCGGGAGUUCGUGGUGGCCCUGUUCGGAGAGGAGGACCCCGACUCCGCAGCAUCCUCACCACCCACACACCACCACCACCACCAUCAUCACGAUUCCUCCUCCUCGGAGGCCGGCGGCGGCGGCAGCGCUGCCCACCCUUCCCACCCGCCCGACUCGCUGCACACCGCCGCCCUGCUGGACCGCAUCUUCGACUCCAUCUGCCGCCCGCUGCGGCUGCGCGUGGAGCAGGUGCUCAUGACCUCACCACACACCCUCCUGGCCUUCAGCCUGGGGCAGCUGCUGGGGUUCUACCAGCGGCUGGCGGCACGCAUCCUGGGACCCAUGGGUCAGCUCAGUGCCACACUCGCCAGCUGUCGCGACAUGGCCAACCGCGUGUUCUUCGAGCAGCUGCGCGCGCGGGGGGACAAGCUGCGGCGCAACCCGCCGCCGCCGCCCAAGGACCUCUCUCCCCCACCCCAGGUCUCCGAAGUCGUACAACACCUGCUGGAGAUCCUCACCGCGUACGAUUCCGCCAUGGAGUCCAGACCCGCUCCCUCGCCUCCUCCUCCCCCCUCCACCUCCUCCUCUUCCGCACCCACCGCACCCACCUCGGCGCCCUCUGAAGACCUGGGCCCGGUGCUGACUGCCGUGUUGGACCCGCUCACGGAGGCCUGCGAGCGCUCCGCGGAGGCGCUGACACCGGAUGCGCCCUCGCGGGUGGACGAGGUGACGAGGUUGGACCCGGCGGCGCACCGCGUGUACCUUAUCAAUUGCAUGGCGGCGGUGUGGGGGGCGCUGCAGAGCCGCGCGGCGGGCAACGCGCGGGCGCGACAGGUGCUGGACAGCAUCGAGGCGCACACCGCUGCGCUGGUGGGUGGCGAGGUGGGGCGGCUGCUGGCGCGGUGCGGGCUGGCGGAGGUGGUGGAGCGGCUCAGGCUCUACCAGCAGGCGGAGGGGGAGGUAGAGGGAGCGGCGGGCCGACCGGAGGCAGGCGGCGUCACUGCUGGCGGCGGUGUGCCCGCCAACGACCCCGCGCUGUCGCUGCCGCGCCUGGCGGAGGCGCUGCGGGCGUUCUUCGUGCUGGUGUCCAGCCCGGAUGCGCUGCCGGAGUUCCAUGCCAUACAGGUUCCCCGGUUGCGCGCCGACGCGGUGUCGCGCGUGUGCCGGUCGCUGCUGGAGAGCUACGAGCUGGUGUACGGCACCAUCGAGGACCCCCGCAGCGGCUACCUGGAGCAGGGGGGCGCGGCGGCGGUGAAGCACACGCCGGCGCAGGUGCGAACCAUCCUAGGGGUGAUCUAGGGCGAGGUGGCGGGCGAGCGGGUUGCGAGCGGCUGGUGAUAGUGAUGGGAGGGGGCGGCUUGAGGUUGGCCUGGGUUUCGGUGGUGUGUUGGAAUGGCGCUGGUUUGAUGCUGGCGCGUUUCGGGUGCCCGGAAUGAGAGGUUGUCAACGUGUUAGGGGGUGGGUUUUGGUGAGGCAUGGAGGGCGGAGGACGGGUUUCUGACUUUGCGUCCGUAGUGAUGAACGUGUUGCAUGUAAGAUACGGUGGAAGUGUUGGAUCCCACUGGGCAAGGAAGUUGCUUGGCUUGUAAGCUACUGCGGUAGGCAGCUUACAAGGCCACGGGCACGUUUGGCAGGCCCACGUGUGCAGUAGUUUGAGCAGAUCAGAUGGGUGAGAUCUGCAGUUAGCCGCGACUGUUCAAGUACUGAACGCGACCCUUUUUCUGGCCUUCCGAGCCUUGCGCUAUUACCCGUGCGAGGCAUUGCAAUGCUUUGUGAG